CCGCAACUCGCCGGUGGAAAUGUGCAUUUAGUGGAUCUGUAGCUCGUUUCAUAAUUCGAAUUUAUAAUUUCACACUCGCGUACCAGUAAAUUUCUUCUCACCGAAAUGGCUAGCAAACCUGAAUUCAAAGUUGCCGACCUAUCCCUGGCGGAAUGGGGUCGCAAAGAAAUCAGGAUGGCAGAGAACGAAAUGCCGGGGCUCAUGGCCAUCAGAAAAAAGUACGGUCCUGGGAAAAUUUUGAAAGGCGCACGUAUCGCGGGUUGUUUACACAUGACAGUGCAAACCGCAGUUCUUAUUGAAACUUUAGUCGAACUUGGAGCCGAGGUUCAGUGGUCAUCGUGCAAUAUAUUCAGCACGCAGGAUCACGCGGCCGCAGCUAUUGCAAAAACAGGAGUUCCUGUAUAUGCGUGGAAAGGUGAAACCGACGAGGAAUAUCUCUGGUGUAUAGAGCAAACUCUUGUCUUCAAAGAUGACAAACUCGAGGAGACCACCACUGGAGUGCACAAUCUUUAUCGUAUGAUGAAGGAAGGAACUCUUAAGGUCCCUGCAAUCAAUGUGAAUGACUCAGUCACUAAGAGCAAGUUUGACAAUCUAUAUGGAUGCCGUGAAUCGUUGAUCGAUGGCAUCAAGCGAGCAACAGACGUGAUGAUCGCUGGGAAAGUCUGUGUAGUAGCUGGAUACGGCGACGUUGGCAAAGGAUGCGCUCAGAGUCUCAGGGCAUUGGGUGGUCGUGUACUAAUCACAGAAAUUGAUCCCAUUAAUGCGCUUCAAGCAGCUAUGGAAGGAUACGAGGUAACGACAAUGGAAGAAGCGUCGACCAAAGGACAGAUAUAUGUCACCACUACUGGAUGCAAAGAUAUUAUAUUAGGUCAUCAUUUCGUAAAUAUGCCAGAGGAUGCUAUUGUAUGCAACAUUGGUCAUUUUGAUUGUGAGAUAGAUGUUGCCUGGCUUCAGAAAAAUGCGGUCGAGAAAGAGAAUAUUAAGCCCCAAGUAGACAGAUACCAGUUGAAGAACGGCAGACACGUCGUUGUUCUCGCAGAGGGUCGUUUAGUUAAUCUUGGAUGUGCAACAGGACAUUCGAGUUUCGUGAUGAGCAAUUCAUUCACAAACCAGGUGCUGGCACAAAUAGAAUUAUGGACAAAGUCAGAUUCUUAUUCCGUCGGUGUUCACAUGUUGCCAAAGAAACUGGAUGAAGAAGUUGCGGCGUUACAUUUGAACCACUUGGGCGUGAAACUUACAAAACUUACAGAGGAACAGGCCAAAUACCUUGGAAUACCUAUGGAAGGACCUUAUAAAGCUGAUCAUUACAGAUAUUAAUUGCCAUUAAAAACUCACUGGCAUUUAUGUACUUCAAUCGUACUGGAUAUUAUGUAUAAUCAAUACAAUAAAAAUAGGACGACAGUGUU